GUCUACCCCGCGCUACAGACGGUCCGAAUCCCUCUAAGCUUGAGCUAGUUUUGGUGAAAAUUUGAUGCUAAGUGCAGAGGGGAAAGCUUGAAUAGCAUAGGUUCGAAUCUCGGAAGUCGGAACAAGAUUGGUCGAAGAGAAAAACCCAAAAUCCCAAAUCGAAGAAACUCGUCGUCUUCAUUUAUUCGUUUUCUGUGUUUUUGAACCCUAGCCCCCUGCCCCCUGCCCCCUGCCCCCUGUCCCGUCCCCUUCAUCUUCUCCGGCUAGUUCCCAGUCAAUUGCUGUGGCGGCGCUCUUCUCUUGUAAGGAGGAAUGCGUUUCUUUAAUCGAUCUUCCAUUUCCUGUAAUCUCAUGAGCUCAAGAGUCUGGGCUCGUCAGUGGGAUUGGAUUUCUGCAAGAAGCUCACUGCUGUCUCUCUUAGUUGAUGGGGAUUGUAGGGUUAGGGUUUGGACCCAAUUUUUUGUAUCCAUUUCAAGUCUUAAGGUCGUGUGGCGUAAGGAACAUGAUUUGGAUGAGGCAAUUGAAGAUGAUAAGGAAUGGAGGCUCUGUACCAAAGUUGUGAAGGAGGUUUUGAAUGAACCUGGACAGGUUAUUCCACUUCGUUACCUGGAGAAGCGAAGAGAAAGGUUGCGUCUCCAGGUUAAGGUCAAGACAUUCAUCGAUAGAUUCCCUGGACUCUUCGAUAUCUACCUUGAUCGGAUCAAACCUAAAACUGAGCCUGUCCCAUUCGUCCGUGCCAGCGAUCGUCUCUGCCGGUUUCUGGAGAAAGAGAAGCAUAUUAAAGCUGGGAAUGAGCAUUUCAUGGUGGCGAAGUUGUGUAAAUUGCUCAUGAUGUCCAGAGAUAGAGUGGUCAGCGCCGAUAAAUUGGUUCACGUCAAGAGGGAAUUUGGGUUCCCAGAUGAUUUCUUGUGUAGCAUGGUGCCCAAAUAUCAACAAUUAUUUAGGUUGGUUGGGAGCCCUGGUGAGGGAAAAUCAUUCUUGGAAUUGGUCUCCUGGAACCCAGACUACGCUCAAUCAGUUAUAGAACAAAGAGCAGAGGAAGAGUCCAGGUUAACAGGGAUCCGAGUCAGGCCUGCCUUUAAUGUCAAGCUCCCUAAGGGUUUCUUCCUCAGGAAAGAAAUGAGGGAAUGGACCAGAGACUGGAUGGAGCUUCCCUAUAUAUCUCCUUAUGCUGAUGCGUCACAGUUGGAUCAGGCUUCGCCGGAGAUGGAGAAGAGGACAGUGGGACUUUUCCAUGAGUUGCUUUCACUGUCCAUCCUCAAAAGGAUGCCUGUGCCAAUAUUGGGGAAGUUUAGCGAGGAGUAUCGGUUCUCCAAUGCAUUCCCUGGUGUUUUCACGAGGCACUCAGGAAUCUUCUAUAUGUCCCUAAAAGGUGGAAUCAAAACUGCUAUGCUUAGGGAAGCCUACCGGAAUUCUGAGCUGGUUGAUCGCGACCCUUUGCUUGUUAUUAAAGAUAAGUUCAAUGAACUGUUGGCUGAAGGGCGCCUUGAAAGAGCAGAACAACUAAGACUGAGGAAGGAAGCAGUUCAAAAGGAUAUGGAAAUGGCGGCAAUUAGGAAUUUGGAAAUAUCAACUGACCUGGUAUGAUAAGGAUCGUUGAAUAUACAGUGCAUCUUCACUUGCAUGUUAUGGGAGUCCUUGUUUGUUAUAAAAGACACUGUUUUUCUGGGAAUUUUCCUCUUGGAAAAUCUUGCACUCGAUCGUGUACUUUAAUCAUCCUUUCUUCCCUCAAAUAUUGAGCAGCUCAUUACUUGGAAGUGUUGAAAUGGGAAAUGGUUUGUUUGAAACAGAUCUUGGCAAGGGAUCUGAUGAGGUGCAGGAACACUUAAUGAUGGAUACAGAAAGAAUAUGAGUAGCAGUUCCUUCCCCUGCUUCACAAAGAGCACACCUGCUAGGCACAUGGAAGCCCUUGCUCUUGAGGUCUCGUCAACCAUCAACACCUUUUCAAAGCUUGAAGCCAGUCAAAAUCUUCUACAUGUGGCAGUAUUGGUUUCACCCAAAUGUGUCUGAGUCAAUCAGGCUGAUGGAGACAACCUCCAAAUAGAAGGAUCUAACAGAGAUUCGCAGAUUCUGAUGGCUCCCGAAGAGUGUUCUUGUUCCUGAUCAUUAUAUAUAUUAGUGUUAUACAAGAAAUAAAUUCAAGUCUGUGCCACCAAACUGAUGUUAUACUCCAUUUAAUAAAAUUUUGCUUGAUUUUCUUCUCGGCA